UAACAUUCUGAUAGUAACGUAAUGACAGUAACACGUAUAUAUGAAUAGUGUGGAAUUAUCAAAUUUCUAUGCUUUUUAAUUUCUGUUUCUGUUGAAACCUAUUAUUUACUUAACUUUUUUCUCUUACAGAAUAAAUUUUAUAUAAAAAUACGUAACAAAUAAAAAAUAUACAUAGAAAUAUAUUGAACAAAGGAGUGAUUGUAAAAUAAAAAUGGGUAGUUCCUCUAGCCAAGAAGCUGUAAAUAAUGAACAAGCUAUAAAUAAUGAACAAGCUAUAAAUAAUGAACAAGCUGUAAAUAAUGAACAAGCAGACUCUCCCAAUGCAAAUGAGAUUUUUCCAAAAGAUACACCUGCAAGUACAACUGCUAUUGUGCCAUCCAAGUUUAUUUCGAGAGAUGAUUUUUUUACAACGUGGUUAUCUUGGAAAGAUGAGUUUCUUACCUAUAUGAAGGAUAUUGAUAAAGAGGAAGCCAACAGAAAUAUGUGGGGUAUUAUGCUUUUAAAUCGCAUGGGUCCUGUUGGGCAAGAAAUUUGCAGAACAUUUUCCUUUCAUGAUAAAAAUGCACAGGAUGAUAUAAAAGUAUUAAUCAAGAAAUUUGAUAUUUAUUGCAUGUACCGAGAUAAGAAAAAAGUUAAUGAGGAUAUCGAUAAAUAUGUAAAUGACUUAAAGCUCACCGCUACUGCACAUAAUUAUUCUGAUCCUGCAAGUAUAGUGAGAGAGAAAAUUAUAGAGGAUAUCAGCACUCAACGCUUUACAGGAAAAGCUGCGCUUUUCAUAGAACGGAAAGGAACAAAUUUUAUACCAUUCUUGCAAUCGUUAGAUCUCAACAAUAUUAUUCUCUUUUGGAAACAAUGCGAAGAUUUAAUGGCACAAAAAUGUAAUGAAUAUAAUGAAGAAAUGCCAAAACAAAAUGCUGCUCAUGUCACAUCUAUUGUAAUAGAUUGUAGUAGAUGUGGUAAACAACAUAAUCGAAAUCGAUGUCUAGCUUGGGGUGUCCAGUGCAGUAAAUGUAAACAAUUUAAUCAUUUGACGGAGUGUUGCAAAGUUAAAUACGUGGAUAACUGUACUAAAUGUGGAACGAGUCAUAUUCAAUCACGUUGUCCGGCAUUUGGCGAAGUAUGUACAAAAUGCGGCAAAAGCAAUCAUCUUUCAUGGAAAUGCCAGAUUCCCUUUAUAAACAAUUGCUGGAGAUGUGGCCAAGAUCACGUUGCGUCCGCGUGUCCUGCACAAGGACAGAUAUGUCGUCGAUGUAACAAACCAAACCACUUGGAAGAACAAUGUGCAAGCAAGCUGGACGAUAAUACACAGCAACAGUAAAUGUGAUAAAUCCUGUUAUAUUUUUUUUAUUAAUAUCAGAUAUAUUUUUUUAAUAAUAUCAGAUAUAUUUUUUA